AUGACAGCGCAAGUCUUUUCCAGCACCAUGUCGCAACAUCCUUUCCCCUCAGCCUACUCCUCACCCAUGGCAACCCCUUCACCAUCCAAAGAGAAUCACUUCCCCUCAUUCCCGUCCUAUCCCGCGUCCACCUCUUCGAAAGACGCAGCUUCCACCUCCUCGCAAAGCGACGCAGAACGUUCCCGCACCAGCCUGCUCGAGACGUCCCGAGCGAACGAGGUUCCCGCACCCCGUUCCCAAAGAGGCACCUCCUCACGACGACCAUCCCGCCCCCGCCUGCACAGCCUGCAAUCGCUCAACUCCGGCCCAGCAUCGCCCUCGUUGACGGAACAAGAUAGCGGACACGCAUACAUCUCCACCGCUCGGUUUCUCAGCACGCACCCAAGCCUGAGUCGCGCAUCCUCCCGAAACGCCGUGGAAACGCUUCAACCAUUAGCAGAGUCGAGUGUCAGUGCGUCCAACCCCUUCCACAAGAUAGAUGUGCAACCCAGAUCCGGGGAAAGCAGCAAGCCGCGACUGGCAACGAGUCCGGAUUCGGGCUUGAGCGAGUUCGGUCAGAUGGGUGCGCCGUUUGGCGAGCGCGGUGCGUUUCUGCGUCGCAGCCAUACGAUCACGUCGGGCAUCAGCUCGAUGGGGUCGAAGCGGAUGGAAGAAGCUCCCUUCCGUCGAUCCCCUCCGGAGAGCGCUGUCACCUUCGGCCCGCGCAGUGGGCGGAAUGCUCCAAAGCUCGGUCCACGACGGCAGACAGUCUCGAAUGUCUCACCCACCCCUGCCGAUCGACCCGAGGUCAAGAGGACUAACACCGCCGUCACUCCCGUGCUAUCCUACUCGCCCACAUCCGAGGCGGUAGCCAGCACGCCAGCCGCCUCGACCCUCCGUCCACGCCCCACGCUCCCGCCCAACCAGCUCGAAGCCAAGGUCGUCAUCCUCGGCUCCCAAGGUGUGGGCAAAACCUCCCUCGUCCACCGUUACACCUCGGGUCAUUUCACCCUCUCCUCCACCCCCUCCACCAUCGGCGCCAGCUUCCACACGAAAAAACUCAUUGUCGAUUCGGUCAAAGUUCGAUUGCAGCUGUGGGACACUGCAGGUCAAGAACGGUUUCGGAGCAUGGCACCCAUGUACUACCGCGGGAGUCACGCCGCUGUGAUUGUGUAUGAUAUUACGAGUCGAGCGAGUUUUAUGGAUGUGAGGGGAUGGUUGGAUGAGUUGAGGCGGAAUAUGACGAGUGGGUUGGUGGUGCAUGUGGUUGGGGCGAAGGGGGAUUUGGCUCGGAAGGGGGGGAGUGAGGUCGAGCUGGAGUGGGCGAGGGAGACGGUGCGAAGUUGGCUCCAACCGACCGUUCAGGCCGGUGCCGAUGUUGAGUCGGAAGAGGGGUCGCCGACGAGAUCGUCCAGGCUGAGCGGGUUGGGAUCCUUAGCCAUGGGUUCUGCAUCGCGAGCCUUUGCCAACAGCACAUGGCAAAACCCCGCCCCAAAGGCAAACAGCACCGCUUCCACCGCUUCCGGCUCCACCGUCAGCGACACCCGCGAGCAGCUGGAUUGGGAUCCCACGUGGGAUGCCGUCGAGGUCUCCGAGGUCAGCGCCAAAUCCGAUCGAGGCAUCGAAGAGGUCUUUCUCGCAGUAACCAAGAAGCUCGUCGAAAAGCGAGCGCAGAUCGAACAGGAACGCAAACAGCGCGAGCGCAACAGCAUCUUUCUUAGCGCCAGCGACAACGGUGAACCCGAAGCGGAUGCGAUCACCGUCAACAGCUGGACCUGUUGUGGCUGA